AUGGGCUGGUUAAGCACCACGACUAAGUCGUCCUGGAACCCCUUCAGUACGGGCUCCUCGGGCUCAUCAUUAGCCAAAGCUAUCUUGCCCGGGUCUUCGUCGGGAAGCAGUGGCUCUUUGGCAUCGCUGGCCUUCGGUAACAAAGACCAAAAUUGGUUCCAAAGCCUCUUGGGCAAGUUUGGUUUUAACGGUGUUCUCGCUACUAUACUCAGCUUCUUUCUCUAUGCCUUGUAUUUGAAGUUCGUGAAAAAGGAUCAGAAAGGUGUGCGGGCCUUUAUCAAAAGCAAGGCUUCCCAGUAUCUCGGCAAGAUACCAGGUCUCAAGAAGCUCUCCUUCCUGAAAGGUCACCUGCCUUUGGGUAAGCUUCCAAAGUCUCUAGUUCCAAAGGCGACCGAGUCUGCGCUCGGAAGCAUCGCUGGUGGUAGCGGCAGCAUACUGUCAAAGCUCAAUCCUCUUAACUGGAAAAUUUCCAACAAGCGGAAGAUUGCUGAGGAGGAGGAUGAUAUGAAGUAUCAAGCAGGUGAACCAUAUGGAGAUCCUGAAGUCUUAGCUCCUACCCUGCGCGAUGAUCUGAAAGCUGUCGGACUCAAGGCAGGCGUUCAAGACCUGAAAGUGCUCUUGGAUGUCGUCAAGAAUAAGGGCAAGCCUAUUGAUGAUAGGGACCUAACUAUGGAAAAAUUGAUUGCUAUCGUCUCAUCCCUGCCUCGAAACUCCAAAGCGAGGGAGAAGUUGACCGGCGUGCUGAUUGAUACACUCUGGCAAAGUCUGCCCCAUCCGCCCAUGACUUACCUUGGUAACAAGUAUCAAUACCGUUCACCUGAUGGAAGCUUUAACAACCCUCUUCAACCGGAUUUGGGCAAGGCGGGUAGCCCCUAUGCCAGAAAUGUUCCAAAACUGAAGCAUAUGCAUGGUGUUCCGCCCGACCCUGGCCUUCUUUUUGACUUGCUCAUGGCUCGAAGCGAUGAAACUUUCAAGGAGAAUCCAGCUGGUCUUUCAUCCGUGCUUUUCUACCACGCAACUAUUAUUAUUCAUGAUAUUUUCCGGAGCAAUCGGUUUGAUCCCAAUAUCUCUGACACUUCUUCUUACCUUGACUUAGCCCCGUUGUACGGUUCCAGCCUAGAGGAUCAAUUGAAGGUUCGGUCCAUGGUCCACGGUUUACUCAAGCCAGACACCUUCAGCGAGAAACGACUCAUUGGAAUGCCCCCUGGUGUAAAUGCAAUUCUCGUGAUGUAUAACCGUUUCCACAACUACGUGGCCGAGAACCUGCUCAAGAUCAACGAAGGAGGACGGUUUACCUUGCCUCCAACCAAAACGGAGGAGGACAAAAAGAAGGCGCUCGCCAAGCAGGAUGAGGACUUAUUCCAGACUGCUCGCUUGGUUACUAAUGGUCUCUACGUUAACAUUUCUUUGCACGAUUAUAUUCGAGGCUUGGCGAAUGUUCAUCAUUCAUCGAGUGACUGGACACUUGAUCCUCGAGUUCAAAUUAAUAAGAUUUUUGAUUCUGAAGGCGUUCCCCGAGGGAUUGGCAACCAGGUGUCUGUCGAAUUUAAUCUCUUGUACCGUUUCCAUUCUAUCAUCUCUCGUCGCGAUGAGAAGUGGAUGAACGAGUUCUUUGCAACUAUCUUUGGUGAUAAGAAGGUCGACCAGCUUACUCCACAGGAAUUCAUCCAGGGACUGUAUCGCUUUGAACAGAGUAUUCCCGAGGACCCCAGCCAACGCGAAUUUGGCGGACUCAAGCGUGGUGAAAACGGCAAGUUCAGUGACGCAGAUUUGGUACAACUGAUGAAGGAAAGCAUGGAAGACCCUGCAGGUUGCUUUGGUGCCAGGAUGGUUCCCAAGGCCCUCCGCGUUAUCGAAAUUUUGGGUAUCAUUCAGGCAAGAAAGUGGCAACUGGCUUCUUUGAAUGAGACACGAGAUUUCUUCAAACUUAAGCGUCACGAGACUUUCGAAGAUGUUAAUUCGAAUCAUGAAAUCGCUGAUCUUCUGCGCAAGCUUUAUGAUGAUCCUGAUAUGGUUGAAAUGUAUCCAGGACUGUUCCUCGAAGAUAUCAAGCCGCGCAUGGAUCCUGGCCACGGCGGAUGCACACCGUACACUGUUGGAAGAGCUGUGUUUAGCGAUGCUGUCACGCUUGUUCGAUCGGAUCGGUUCCUCACUAUUGAUUACACGGCCUCGAAUCUUACCUGCUGGGGCUACAACGAAGUUCAACAGGAUUAUGACAUUCUUGGUGGCUCGAUGUUCCAUAAACUGUUCCAGCGCGCCCUUCCCAAUUGGUUCCCGUACAACUCGUUGCACAUCACCCAGCCUAUGUACACAAGAAAGAUGAACGAACAGAUUGCCCGGGAGAUCGGCACGAUCGAUGAGUACACUCUCGAUGACCCUUCUCCGCCCCCCAAGACUGUUAUUGUGACUAAACAUUCCACAAUCACCAAGCUCUCAAAGGACCAGGCCAAUUUCCGCGUGAUCUGGGCCAAGUAUCUGAAUGAGAUGAUCCCUGGUAGAGACCUCAGUGGCUACAUGUUGCUGGGCGACAAGCCGGCAAAUACUGCGCAGAAGGUUCUCGUGAAGGAAAUUCUCUACAGUCCUGCUGAGUUCGUGCAGUUGCUAUCUGAGACAGCGGUAUCCGUGGCCAAAGAGCAACUUGCCGCUGAGACCUUGAACUUGACACCGGAGUUGCAUCAAGUUGACAUUGUCCGAGACGUCGCCAUCCCUAUGUUGACUAGGAUUCUGGCCGAUCUUUUCUGUCUGGACCUUAAGACCUCUGAGAACCCGAACGGUACCUACAACAAUGCAGAGCUAUACAAAUAUAUCAUCGACGUGCGUAUAUUUGGCUUCAAUAAUGAUGACCCCGGAUUGGCUUUGCAACGCAGAAAAUGGGCCCGUGAAGGUGCAGAAUCUCUCACCCGAACCACAUUGAAGGUAGUGUCAAACUUGCCAGCUUCAGAGAAAUCUGCAAAGGGAAUUGUGAAGGGAGCCGUUUCUACAGCCAAGGGUAUUGCCUCGAAGAUCCCUCUCGUUGGCAAGCUCUUUGGAGAUGGUAAAGGCGUUGAAGAACAGUCGACGAGCGGCUCGCUGCGCUGGUACGGAUACAAUGUCGCCAAAGAAUUGAUCGCCUCGGGAAAGACUGCUGCAGAGGUCGCGGACAUCAGUUGGAUGAACGCUGUUGGCGGUGUCGGUGCGACUGUUGGAGUAUUUACCGAUGUCCUCAGCUAUUUCCUCCAGGCCGAGAACUCCCAGCACUGGGAAGAAAUUCAAAAGCUUGCUGCCGGCUCGGAUGUGGACUCUGCAAACAAGACGCUGCGGCAGUACGUCCUCGAGGCCCAACGCCUGACCAGCAGCCAACGAAGCAUCCGUCUCUGUGCGGGCAAGGCCGUGAUUGAUGGACAAAAAUUCGAACCUGGUAACCUGGUCGUCUGCUUGCUGGGUGCGGCAGGCAAAGACCCCGAUGUUGUCCCAGAUCCAGAAGCAUUCAAGCUUGACCGGCCAUCGAGCGCGUACAUUCACUUCAACGUCGGACCACACGAGUGUCUCGGACGAGAGAUUGCAUUGUCUUGCAUCACUUCUCUUCUCCGUGUCAGUGCUGGCCUGAAGAACCUCCGAGCAGCACCCGGUGAAAUGGGAAUUCUGAAGAGCAUCACCACUAAUACAGAUAAGCACUUCCUGAACGAUAGCUGGUCUUCUCUUACCGCCGAUCCAACCACCUGGAAAGUCCACUUCGAAGGCCACGGCCAGGGUAUCCACCAUCCCCCGAAGACCCCAGUCACCGCAGGCCGAGAUCUCAACGCCCUAUCCAAUGCCCUGAAGAAGCAGCAUCAGGAAAAGUUACAAGAAACCAUCUCCAAGGCCGCCAACGGUCUCACAGCUCCUUUAAAGGGACUCAUCCCAUCUAGCGGCGCCAGCAACGGUGCCUCCACCCCAGGCCAACUGCCGCUACCUACCAGCCCCUUCCAAAACGGCAAUGGCGUCGCAAACGGCAACGGAAACAGCCACCCGAACAUCCUUCAUCAAGCAGUCUCCUCGGCCGCAGCAAUCCCCCAGCACACCCUAAGCUCGGUCCAUGAUGUUACCCACCAUGCCGUCAGUCAUUUGCCGGGUGGCCAGCAGGUCACUGACUUCACUCACGGGUUAGCACACCCUUUCUCUGGAGCCGUGUCUCCUGGUCAAACUGCCACUCAGCCCCAACAGGGGAACUGGUUCUUUCUCCCACACGGGAUGGAAAAUGCUGCCAAGCAGGUUCCGGGACAUCUUUUUGGGCAGACAGCAUAAGUGGGUGAAGAUUUACUUUGCUGGACUUGAGC